CAUCACUUGACUUGACUUGGUGAACAUUAAUUGGGUCUAAGUCUUGCUAGUCGUUAUUUCCAUUAUCCAAAUAAGCUGGACUUUUCAAAAACAGCUACCCUGUUCCAUAAACGCGGUGAUAAGUUGUUUGCUUAAUACACUUGACCAGUAUAGUCUUUUCGGUGGAAUAGUCAAGUAUAGAAGCUGUAAUUAAUGAAUUAAAUGCUGUUUAAAAACUGUAUUUGCAAGAUGGGCUUUGUUGCUAUUCCCAAUUCACCCUUUUUGCAAUGCCUUGGUGCCAUCUUCUCCUACUUGGGAUCUUCCCAGUAGCCUAUGCCCUCUCGAAUGACUGCCCAUCCUGAUGCUGGUGAAGAUGAGAGAAUAGAUAUACUUCCUCCUUCAUGCCCAGUAAUAUAUACCGGUGAAGUUCUUUCUGAUGCUACUGGUCAAUCGAUACAAACUAUAGCGCAGAAGAGCCUGCAAUGACAAACUGCUUCUUUGCAUGUGAACGUAGAUGAGAAUAUUCGGGCCUGUUAUUCAUGUUCAAUUAAAGGAAAAAAACGUGGAUAUAAUAUCAUAAGGGAUAAAAAAUUUUGUUUUUCCAAAGAUUUUCAUCGCGCUGCCAUUGGCACAUCUCUUGUGAUUUUUUUUAUUGCAGCUCUUGUGGUUCUCUACUUUUUCAAAAAAUAUAGCAAUGAAAAACAGAUGCACAGAAAAGUGGAAAAGUUACUUGCAAUCUACAAAUCCACAACACUAACUCGAUACAAUUUCUCUAAUAUUAAAAAAAUAACAAAGAAGUUUAAGCAUAAGCUGGGUCAAGGAGGAUUUGGAAGUGUCUACAAAGGUGAGCUGACUAAUGGAAUUCCUGUAGCAGUUAAGUUUCUAGAAGCAUCAAAAUCCAAUGGAGAUGAUUUUGUCAACGAAGUUGCCACUAUAGGAAAAAUUCACCAUGUCAAUGUAGUUCGCCUCUUGGGAUUUUUUUCAGAUGGAACUAACAGAGCACUAGUGUAUGAGUUCAUGCCAAAUAAUUCUUUGGAAAAGUUUAUUUUCUUUGGGGAAUCCAAAAAGAGACAUGAAUUUUUCAAAAUAUAGAAGUUGCAUGAGAACUCAAUUGGCAUUGCCCGAGGAAUCAAUUAUUUGCACCAAGGAUGCAAUCAAAGAAUUAUUCACUUUGACAUAAAACCCCAUAAUAUUUUGUUAGAUUAUGACUUCAAUCCAAAAAUUUUAGAUUUCGGCUUGGCCAAGCUAUGCUCCAGAGAUCAAAGCAUUGUGACAAUAAGCGCUGCAAGAGGCACUAUGGGAUACAUAGCACCAGAGGUCUACUCUAGAAACUUUAGACCUGUCUCUCAUAAAUAUGAUGUAUAUAGUUAUGGAAUGCUUAUACUAGAAAUGAUCGGAAGGAGGAAAAAUAUUGAUCCUACAAUUGAGAACCUUAGUGAAAUUUACUUUCACGGGUGGAUAUAUGACAAGUUGGUCCAUAGUAACAGCCUAGGAUUAGCCAUGGAAAUAGAGGGAAAUGAAGAAAUUAUGAGAAGGCUUGCCAUAAUAGCACUUUGGUGCAUACAAUGGAAUCCAGUAGACUGUCCUUCAAUUAGUAAAGUUGUUCAAUUGCUCACAGCAAACUUUCAGAGCUUGGAUAUGCCCCCGGCACCAUUUGUUCCUUCUUCUAAUCAACCUGGCAAUGUUAAUGUCCCAAGCAAACAUGAAGAAAUUUUGGAGGUCUGCAUCUUAACCAAUCAUGAGGAAAUUUUGGAGGACUGAUUAAGUACUUCAUAUUUUGGUCUACUGAAUCUUUAUGUGUUGUUAUUAUAAUAAUUUGUUUAUAAAAGGUAUUUUAAACAUUUUAUUUGGAUGAAGAAUUUUAUGUAGAUUUUCUCUUAAAUUUCUUAUUGAUGAUAUUAAUUAAGUAAUUGAUCUUGGUUAUUUUAUUUAGAUAACUUUAAGGAACUCAGAGAUAGAAUGUGUUCGCCACAUGUGCUUAUGAAGUGAUACACUUGCAUUAAUGAAAACAAAUAUUUGCUAGGUUCUAUAAUAUUUAAAUUAAGUUGUUGAAAGGUUUUUUGGAUGCAAGUAUCUAAUGCUUGAGCUGCUAAAAUUAAAACACUUUGGGUUUGUUUGGAACUACAGCAGCAUUUUAUAAAGGUUGUUGCAGGAGAAUUAUUUUUUUUUUUUAAGUUGUUGUAAAAAGAAGCUUCCUCACAUACAAAUUUAUUAAGAUAAAAAAAAACAUAGUAGACAAACAAAAAUUCUUACUACAUUCUAAGAAAGCAAAGCAAUAAGAAAGUUGUCAAAAACAGACACUUGGUAUUUAUUUUGAAGAGCUUUUUAAUUGGAUUAAUGUAAGGCCAUAUGUGAGCUAAGUCAGCUCGAGCACAACUCGCUAACGAGCAUACGAGUUGAGUUUAUUGAGCCAUGAGUAAGAGUUUAAGCCUAUACUUGAGUUCAUAUAUUGAAUGAGCUCUAGUUCGAGCUCCAGCUCAGCCUGGCUAGACUCAUAAGCUCGUUGAGCG